CAACGCUGUUACUGGUGACUCGACGCGUAUUUGGGGCGGUUCGCCCAGGUAUGUACCGCCAGAGUAUCUGCAGAGUGGCAAGCGUGGCGUUGCCUCCGGUUUUUGGAGCCUUGGAGUAGUGAUGCUGUAUCUCCUGAGAGAGCUUCGACUUCCGAAGGGGUCACACACGGCAUGGAUCAUCAAGAACGUCGGGAAAGAUUAUACACUAGGGAUGGAAGCAACACAUUCGAUGAGCUUCUGGCUAGGUGAGAUACGGAAAGCACGGCGUCGUCUCAGUCAGGAGCCGUCUAAGAACAUUGUACGAGAAAUGCUCGUCCCGCAACCAGAAGGCAGGAUUUUCCCGGAUGCGCUCGUUCACAAGUUGGAGGCGGUAUCGUUAGAAUAGGUAUAGAACAAGACAGACUUUGUUGAAAGCACUGCAAAUCCGCGUGCUCGGUGUGAAUGAAUAUAUCUAGUCUACGCUGGGGC